GAGCCAAGAUACUAGCUGUGCCUCCCUGUUUAUUCCCAUCACCUCCAUUUUUACUUUCUGCCAGCGACGUUAAAUAGAUUAUAAGGGAUCUUGCUUGUUUAAAGACUUGAACAAAAGCUGUGCAGGGUAUUUUUGGAAUGUCCAGGAAUAACACAAUAACAGCAACAGGGCUUAAGGCACCAGAGGGAUCUAAUUGAAGUAAGUUACCUUUUGCCUUGUGGGACAGAGGGCUGUAGUGGAGCUCCCAGACCAACUGCCAGUCAGUCAGAGGCUUAGUAGGUCAGCUCAGUGUUGUCUUUACAUCGUGUACCACUCGGCUCAGAUCACACUCUCAUCUGUUGUGUCAGGACUGUGUGUGCCAGGAGGCUCCACAUACAACUCCAUUAUGUCUCUCAGGCUCCUGCCUGCUAUUGUUAUGGACAAUGAUGAGGAUGAUGAUGGUAACUUCACAAAAUGGAUGAGUAGUUACUGGGGUCAUGGUGCAGAAGGUGGACACUCCAGAGACAGGAAACGUAGUUUCAGAAGACCUUCAAAAACACAAGCGGAUCGACGGGCAUCGCUCCCAACUGUGUACUUUUCUGUGUGAUCCACAGUCACAGUUAGAUGCCAUGAAGCUGAACAAGCUCCAUGCAGCAACAAUGGCACCCUCCCCUAUCCACAUCAAAAACAGAGAAGAGAAGGUGGAUGUCAGACCCCACCCGAGAGCGCGCCGGGCGUCCUCAGAUGACAACACUCGCCCUAAGUCGACCAUCCCAGAGAACCGCAUCACCACUAUCCCAGAGCUCGCAGAGUCACUGGACAGGAGACUUUAUAUACGUGAAAAGAGGACCAUGUCCCUGAUUGAAGAUGACAAGUUGUGCCUAAUCUGUCAUGAGGACAUGAGGAAGAACGGAGUGGGAAUCCAAGAGCUGCACUGUACUCAUCGCUUUCAUAAAGAGGCGGCACGGAGGUUAGAGCAGAGUCAGCCUCGCAGAAGCAGUGAAGUGGCGACAGGUCAGGUGAACAGGCUCCCAGAGGAGAGGAGGAAGUCAGCAGACGGACACAUUUCAGUGGAGAAGGAGCAGUGCACACCUCGCCGUCAACUGUCCCUUCGUAGACAUCGCUGAUAUCAAUCUGUGGAAGGUGACUCAUCAGUGGACAGAUCUGAUUCAUUUGGAAUGAAGGUUGAAGAUUUGCUCCUGUGGGCCAAACAUCAGGCCUCUCUCCUGAUCUUCAUGAUGCACCAUUGAACUGUCACGGCCUUUAUUGUGCCUGGUCUUGUCCUGUAAAACCGUCUUGUGGAUCCUUACACUCUUUUUCUGCCAGAACCCAAAUUAGGAGGAUUCCUAUAAAUUCCGAUAAUUAAUGACAAAAAAUAUUUUACCUUCUACCAGAUAGAAAUAUUUACAACUUAUACACAGGCAAGGAAUAGGUGCCUCUUUAUAAUAAGCCUACCAGAAUGAGAUGUGUAAAGUAUUACCUUAAAUUAGAAUGUAAAGCACAUCACUUGGACAUAGAUCAUGUAGUCUUAUUUUAUGUUUAGUUAAAACUCAUAGCUUGUUAAUGAGUGAUUACAUAUUUUUUCUGUAUUCAUCAAAACAUUUAAAAUAUCACACAAGCAAAAUAUUUUGACGCAACCACAUUUAAAAGGGAAUAUGUAGGUAUUUAACAUAACAUUAGAUACUUUUUAUGUAACACAAUACAUCUCUUUACUGAUUCUAGUCUCUGUGUACAAUGUAGUUUCCGAGGACUCAAAUAUAAAUCAUUUUGCACUGUUUGAAUUGAUAGAAGUGGUCAAAAGAUUUGUGUUUUCUUGUCUUCAAUUUUAUUCAGUUCUAUUUUGCAUUGUGUCAAACAUAAAAAAUAAUAAGAAACAGUAAAACUCC